GAAUCAACAAUGGAGACAAAAGAAUCGUCUUGCGCAAGAAACACGCAACGCGAAAUCAAUAAAAGGGCUUUUGAAUCAAUUGAUUCGUUGAUGAGAGCUGAUUCUCCUAGCACUCUGAAGCGAAGAAGACUCACCACUAUCGAUCAUAUGGAAUCUCAAUUUGCCGCGGAAAAGCUUGCUGCAGCAAAGCAAAAUUAUGGAAGAGAUAUUCGUGUAUUUGAGACAACAACUUCUUCUCACACAUCAAAUGAGCCAAUUAACGAAGAAGAGCCGGAUGAGUUUUUUGAAUUCACUGCGGAAGAUUAUUAUCGCAUCUUGGCUACAAAAAAGGAAGAUAAAGUUAUGAAGACAAAAAAACUCCGAGAAGCAGAAGAAGCCACUCGUAGAUCAAGAAUUACCAAGGCGGUGAUUCGUGUGAGGUUCCCAGACAACCAUACGUUAGAAGCCACAUUUCAUCCAUCAGAGACGAUGCAAAAUUUAGUUGAUCUUCUUAUAAAAGUUGUGGCUAGACCCGAUUUACCUUUUCAUAUAUUUACUACUCCUCCAAAGAAGCUAAUAAAAGACAUGUCUCAAGAUUUUUACUCUGCCGGAUUUGCCCCUGGUGCAAUUGUCUAUUUUUCAUACGAUCAACCAAAAGGUGAUGGUGAUGCUGACGUGGCAUUCCUUAAAGAGGAAGUGAUGGCUUUGAAAGGUCUUGAACUUGUAGCCGAACCGGAGAAGCCUACGGUUGACCAAUUGACCACCGUGCCUGUGGUGGCUGCCGCCCCUCCAUCGGCUCAAGAGCGGAAGCCGGCUGCCGAUAAAAAGAUGGUUAAGCCAAAGUGGUUGAAAAUAAAUGGAGGUGACAUUGAUAUUUUUGUGUUAUUAGUUCGAUAUGAAAAAUAUAAAGGGCUCCACCUGUUCGUUCGUCGUUCUAUCGUCGCACGUCCACCAUCAUCGUCUGCCUGCGGCCUCCUCUAUCCGUCGCCGAUGACCUGUAACCUCCUCCACCCUUCGCUCCAUUCAAGAUGGAAAUUCACAACUUGUUUUUUUAAUCAUUUUGUAGAUGGAAUUGAUUGA